UUCCAAGUCGUCUGUCUGCAUUCAUCCCGACAUCACACUCGUCCAUCUCUCAUCUCGCAUCUCCCAUCUCAACUCGUGUGCAGCAACAUCCCCCUACAUCUAGAAUCCGCCCCAGAUCAGCCUGAUCUUUACCUGUGCACGCGAGAACUACCCCUAACCCUCCGCCCACGAUGGCCUACGUCGCAGUCGUCAAGGCGCUCUACGACUAUACGGCCCAGGACACAGAGGACGAGCUUUCGUUCUCCGAGGACCAAAUCCUCUACAUUGUCGAAAAGGGCGAUGACGAUUGGUGGAAGGCCAAGCUCAAGGAGGAGGAUGGUGGGCAGGACGGGCCUGUGGGCCUGAUCCCCUGCACCUACGUCGAGGAGAUGCCCCCCAUGAACCAAACGAGAUCCAUGUACGCCUACGAGUCGACGUCGCCCGAGGAGCUCUCGAUGGACGAGGAGGCGACGCUGUAUGUUUACGCGGUCGAGGACGAGUGGCUGCUUGUGCGCGUCGAGGGUGGUGGCGAUAAGCUGGGCUUUGUGCCGCGCAACUACUGCGAGGAGAUCGACGCUUCAGCCAGCGUCGCCGUCGCUGGCGCCGAGGAGAGUGCGGAUGCCGUCGAGGCCCAGCGCCGCGAAGAGGAGGAAGCAGCGCACGCACGUGAGCUCGCCGAGCACCAGCGCCAGCUCCGCCUCAAGGACAAAGUCGAGACAUGGUCCGUGGCCGAGAUGGAGGGCAGCCGGAAGAAGAACGGCACCCUGGGCGUCGGUAACGGCGCCAUCUUCUUUGCUUCCGAGGCCGACAAGAGUCCCGUCAAGCAACACCCGAUCACCGCACUCCGACAAGUCGAGCCCCAGUCAGACAAGGUGCUCGUGCUGAGCCUGGCUGGGGUUCAGCCCACCAUGGUUCUCCACACGGGCAGCGCCAAGGUGUCCAAGGAGAUCAUUGCGAAGCUCGAGCAGAGCAAGGAGGCGGCCGGCGAGGCGCUGCAGGUCACGCACGACGUGGACGAAGCGCCUCAGCAGCCCCCAUCCGAGGACGAGGCGCCAGUGGCCCCACCGCCGACGAAACAGGUACGAUGGGCCGAAGAGACGCCCGCGUCCCCACAAUCGCCUGUGCGCCCGCCGUCUGCCGGCGCUGGUGGUGCUGAGCAGUGCGUCGUCCUAUACGACUUCGAGGCCGGUGGCGACGACGAGCUCACUGUCGCUGAGGGUGAAACGCUCACCGUUGUCGAGAAGGAGGACGAGUGGUGGCUCGUGCGCAAUCAGCGGGGCGCGGAGGGUGUUGUUCCAGCCCAGUACGUGGAGGUGACGGCCGGCCGUGCCCCUGUUACGCCUGCGGUCGACCCUGCCGCGGAGCGUCGCGCUGCUGAGGCGCUGGCGGCUCAGGCUGCGGCUGCUGCCGAGGCUCAGCGCAGGGAGGAGGCGCAGCGCAAGGAGGAGGAGCGCCGUGCGAUCGAGGAGGCGGCCGUGCGGCGGGCCGAGCAGGAGGCCGCGGAUCACGAGCUCGCCCAGCAAAUCGAGGCUGAGGAGCGCGCCAAGCGGCAGCAGGUUGACCGACGCGCACGCGAGGAAGUGCAGCGGAGGCGUGACGCCGAGGCUGCGUCUAGGCGGGAGGCGGCACGCGGCGCUGAGCCACCGAAGGUCACCUCGCGCGGGGGUGGCGACGCUGCGGCCGCCGCUCGCAACCUUCCAAGCGGGAAGGCUAAGGCUGCACCAGCCAAGCCGAGCGACCCCUCGCGGCCGAAGCCGAACCCAGCACGCACGCGCGUGUGGAGCGACCGCACGGGGCAGUUCAAGGUCGAGGCCGAGUUCUUGGGUAUGAACGGCAACAAGCUGCGAUUGCACAAGCUGAACGGCGUGAUCAUUGAGGUCCCAAUGGAGAAGAUGUCUCCCGACGACGCCCACAUGAUCAAGCGCUAUCUCGCGCGCAAGGAGCGGCAGGCGUCUGCAGUCGAGGACGACGACGUUCCUCUGGGGCAGGCGGUGCGCAAGCCGAGCGCGACGAUCAGCCAAGAGUCGAGCGCGCGCGCCGAGGCGCAGCAGCGCCGCGCCCCACGCAAGUCCACCUUUGACUGGUUCGCGUUCUUCCUCGACGCCGGGUGCGGGAUGGACGACUGCACGCGCUACGCGGCGAACUUCGACCGCGAUAGGAUCGACGAGACUAUUCUGCCAGAGCUGGACGCGAGCACGCUGCGCUCGCUCGGCCUGCGCGAGGGCGACGUCAUCCGUGUCAGCAAGGUCAUCAAGGGGCGGUAUGCCAAGAAGUCGCCUGAGCAGCAGGCGCAACUGAGCGCUGAUGAGGAGUACGCGCGCAAGCUGCAGGAGCAUGAGGACAGCGGCGGCAAGGGUCCGGCACCUGUUCCGCCCCCCGGCCUCUUCACUAAGCCGGACGGCAAGUUGGCGAACAACACGCGCCGUGGCCGUCCUGAGCGCCGCAACACGCUCACGUCCAACACAGUCGACACGGCGGCACUCGGCGCGGUCAGUGAGCAGUUGACCAAGGUGUCCCUCACCCCGAUGGAACCCACGAAGUCGCCGUCCGUUGCGACGCCGCCCGAGAAGAAGGAGGAGAAGAAGGAGGAGCCGCCCAAGACGCUGCUUACGGGCUUUGACGACGACGCAUGGGAGAUCAAGCCUCCCACGAAGACGUCCAAACCCACGUCUCCCGCCCCAGCCGCGCCGCCCAAGACGGUGAGCCCGGCGCCCAAGCCCAACGGCACCGACGCGCUCCUGGCCCAGAUCAGCAGCAUGCGGCCCGCGAGCACCGACCCGCCCCGCGGAGGCAACUUCGACGUUCUCGCCGAGCUUCCCUCUCCACAGAGCGUGCAGGCGCAGCAGCGCACGGGCUCCGUUUCGGCUCCGCCAGGACGACCCGGCAUGUCUUCUCUCCCUCCACCUUCGAGCUAUGGCCUCGGCGCGCAAAACACGUCGGCACCGAUGUCGCAGCUCCAGCAGCCGCAGCAGCAGAUGUCUCAACAGCAGAUGCAGCAGAUGCCGGACAUGAACGCGCCUCGCGGCCCUCUCGCGCCCGUGCGCGCCAACGAGGGUCUGCUCAACCCCCUUCAGCCCGCCGUCACGGGCAUGUUCGUGCCGACGCAUCCUACGGGCUUCCAGCAGCCCAUAGGCAUGCAGGCAACGGGCAUGUCCAACAUGUCGGGCGGCAUGGGGAUGGGCGGCGGCAUGGGCGGCGGCAUGGGCGGCGGCAUGGGCGGCGGCAUGCUUUCGCCUGGUGGGUACCAGCAGCCCAUCCAGCCCGCGUACACGGGCCUGCCGUCAUAUCAGCAGCCGCAGCAGAACACGAGCUUUAACGCCAUCGCCAACCUCCCUCCACCGCAGAUUCCGCAGCCGACAGGUGUUGGCGGCGGCGACAAGUUUGCGCCGUCCAACAUCUUCAGCGCGAUGAAGCGGACCGACUUUGGCAAGAGCGAGGAGGCGAACCCACAGAGUGCGAACAAAUAUGACGCGCUCCGACCCCUCACGACGGGCUACAACGGCGCACCGGGCAUGUUCCCGCAGAACACGGGCAUGCCGAUGCAGAUGCAGGGCACUGGAAUGCCCGGCAUGAUGGGCGGCGGCAUGAUGCCCGGGCAGGGCAUGUACCCGCAGGCGACGGGAUACAACCCCCAGAUGAUGGGGCAGUACGGGCAAUACGGGCAGGGAGGAUAUGGCCAGUACUAGGCGAGUGCGUUGUCGUACGGGAUGUGAGGAGAUGGGAUGAUUCUGAUCGCUAGGAUCGACUCGGCCGUGUAGACGCGAAUACCUGGCUAGACUUAUGAGCAGUAUGCAAGCAUGAUAUGGCGGUG